GAUUGAUACAGGAUGUGGGGCAGUGAACACACCGCCCAGAUUUCCAGCUUCUUCCUUGUUGAAAUUCCGGAGGAGGCGGCGAUCGGAGUCAGUCUGUGUCUGUCUGAGCGCGGGAGAGGCAGACACCCAGAGCCCCAGACAGACCCCCGGAGCCCCAGACAGACCCCCAGACAGACCCCCGGAGCCCCAGACAGACCCCCAGACAGACCCCCGGAGCCCCAGACAGACCCCCGGAGCCCCAGACAGACCCCCGGAGCCCCAGACAGACCCCCGGACAGACCCCCGGACAGACCCCCGGAGCCCAGCAGCAUGACCUGGAGCGGCUACAUAGACAGCCUGAUGGCCCCGGAGGGGGUUGGGGACGUUGCCAUUCUGGGCAAGGACGGCAGCAUCUGGGCCUCUUACCCAGAGGGGAAUUUCAGGAACGUGAAGGCUGAUCAGAUUAGACCUUUACUGAGCAACCGGAGCUCACUCCUAACGACUGGCCUAACACUGGGGAAUAAAAAGUAUACUCUUGUUCAAGACCAAAUGGAUGAGGAAAGUCAAGGAUGGGUAUGCUUAAAGAGCAAAAGCAGCACACCAGACGAACCGAAAUGCAGUGCAGUGGUUUUCCAGACGAAGCAAACACUAAUUUUAGUGGAGGCCAAAACACCGGCUGUGACGGGAGGCAACUUGAUGACUCAAGUACAAAGUACUAUUGAUUUCUUGAAGCACAGUGGCUACUAAUUGUGAUGUUUCUUUGGCCAUGUGCUAAUUGUUGCUGCCUCACUAUUGCUAUAGGGAGAUCGAAGAUUCUGCAUUAUAUACUUACACACUCCCUGCUACAAUGACCCAUUUUUGUACUAUUGAUGUAUUCAUGGUAACAUUAAAAAUGCAAAAUCUA